AUGGCGAGCCAGCAGGGCCACCUCGAGAUCGCCCGGCUGCUCCUCGAGGCUGGCGCGGCGAUCGGCCAAGCCGAUGAGGAAGGCGUCACGCCGCUGCUCGCUGCGUGCCACAACGGCCACCUCGAGGUCGCCAAGCUCCUCUCCUCCUACGGCGCCUCCCGCGCCGCUACUCCCUUCGGCACGCCCGAGGAGGCCGCAAACCGCAAAGGCCACGCCGACCUCGCCGCCUGGCUGGUCGCCAGCCGCGGCUGGACGCCGCUCGCGCACCUCGAGAGCCUCACCGCCGCCCGCGCCACCUCCCUGCUGCGCAGCGGCGCAAGCCUGCACGAGGGCGAGCCGACGCCGCUGCAGCGCGCCGCGGGCGGCGAGGGCGAGGCGGCGGCGCCGAUCCGGCGGGCGGCGGCGCCGUGGUCGCCGGCAAGCCACUCGCUCUUCCCCGCGGCGGCGCGCGAGCGGGCGGCGCUCCUCGUCCUCUCGCUCUACGAGAUCCACGAGCGGCACCAUCUCGACUCGGCAGGAAACACGAACGGCAUCGCGGCGCGCGACUUUGUCGCGUGCGUGCUGCGCUUCGCGGUCACGCGCGAGACGGAGUAG